CGAAGCAAGUGUGCGCAAUUCACCAACUUGGAGAUUAGUAACAAUUUGAGCAUAGGCUCUACAGUCUCGGUUAGUCCCCCCAGAUCUCCAUUGCAGCAGAGUGUCGCCAUUGCAAGGGUGCUUGGUGAAGCGUCCUCUAUAGGGAUAGUCUUUGGGUCUUCGUCUUCCUCCAAUCAGUUCUCGAGACAUUGGUGUUGCUGCAGUAUAUAUUCUACACUCGAAAUGCAUAUUAGAGUGGGCAGCACGAUCAGACAAGUGCUGAUCAAAUCCGCGCCGAAAGGCGGUGGUCGGCAGCAACGCCGGGCGAAGGGGAUGGAGAAGGUCGCGGUUGGCUUGUUGCCGCCGCUGCGGUUCAUCGCCGUCCUCGCCGUCGUGUCGUGGACGUCGUUCAUCUACUGCCAUUUCUCCUUGCUCAGCGGCGGGUUGCUGCUGGGCCACGGCGGCGGCGACGACGGCGCCGACCCGUGCCGGGGGAGGUACAUCUACGUGCACGACCUGCCGCGCCGGUUCAACGACGACAUCCUCCGCGACUGCCGGAAGACGAGAGACCACUGGCCGGACAUGUGCGGGUUCGUCAGCAACGCCGGCCUCGGCCGGCCGCUCGUCGACCGGGCCGACGGCGUGCUGACGGGCGAGGCCGGGUGGUACGGCACGCACCAGUUCGCGCUGGACGCCAUCUUCCACAACCGGAUGAAGCAGUACGAGUGCCUGACCAACCAAUCGGCGGUGGCUGACGCGGUGUUCGUCCCGUUCUACGCCGGCUUCGACUUCGUCCGCUACCACUGGGGUUACGACAACGCGACGAGGGACGCCGCGUCGGUCGACCUCACGCAGUGGCUCAUGCGGCGGCCGGAGUGGAGGCGCAUGGGCGGCCGCGACCACUUCCUCGUCGCCGGGAGGACGGGGUGGGACUUCCGGAGGGACACCAACAUCAACCCAAACUGGGGCACCAACCUCCUCGUCAUGCCGGGCGGCCGGGACAUGUCGGUGCUCGUGCUGGAGUCCUCGCUGCUCAACGGCAGCGACUACGCCGUGCCGUACCCGACCUACUUCCACCCGAGGUCCGACGCCGACGUGUUCCGGUGGCAGGACAGGGUGCGCGGCAUGCAGCGUCGGUGGCUCAUGGCGUUCGUCGGCGCGCCGCGGCCGGACGACCCGAAGAACAUCCGCGCCCAGAUCAUCGCGCAGUGCAACGCGACGAGCGCGUGCAGCCAGCUCGGCUGCGCGUUCGGCAGCAGCCAGUGCCACUCCCCGGGCAACAUCAUGCGGCUGUUCCAGAAGGCCACCUUCUGCCUGCAGCCGCCGGGGGACUCCUACACGCGGCGGUCGGUGUUCGACUCGAUGGUCGCCGGGUGCAUCCCGGUGUUCUUCCACAACGCGACGGCGUACCUGCAGUAUGCGUGGCACCUCCCCCGGGAGCACGCCAAGUACUCGGUGUUCAUCUCCGAGCACGACGUGCGCGCCGGCAACGUGAGCAUCGAGGCGACGCUCCGGGCGAUCCCCGCCGCCACCGUGGAGCGGAUGCGGGAGGAGGUGAUCCGGCUCAUCCCGUCGGUGAUCUACGCCGACCCGAGGUCGAAGCUGGAGACGGUGAGGGACGCCUUCGACGUCGCCGUCGAGGGGAUCAUCGACAGAAUCGCCAUGACCAGGGGAGGCUACGCGAGAUCGUGGCUCCGGCCUAAACAAUCUAGGCAAGCACUAGACGCUCGACGACGCAGACUAAGUUAAUGAAUUAAAUGUAGGAUACUCGAUCAAUUUACAGCAUGUAGAACGAGUUGAUAUCAAUCAUCAGUUUCGCUAGUUGAUACUAUCAUAUAGAUCUUUGUAUACUUCUGUUUGUUCCAAAAUUCGUUUACAUCAAGAUUUGCACCUGUACGCCCCACGGCCACAGUUGUUGCAGUUUGCAGAUUCUGAUCCACGGCUGUACAUGUACGGACCGAAUACGAUCGGUUGGAAAACACGUGCCUUAGCACAAUAAAUCUCACUUUGUAACAUACAA